AUGAGUGAAGCUUCAUCACCAGUAAGAGAAGGCUCUUACAAACUAAGAACUCAUUCCAAUUGUAAUUUUAUGUUUUCGCGUUCAUUGAUCUAGCCUCAUUCUGAAGUAUUUAAAACAAAUAUUAACAGCGCAUCUACAAUCAAGGUGAUAACGCAAUGUUGUUGAAAUUUGAAGACCUCAACCAAUCUAUUCCAUUAAUAGGUUUACUAUCAAAACCACAUUGCAAAUUAUCAGAUGGAAUGGUAUAUCUAGUAAAUUUUAUGUUUAGACUAUUUACAAUUAAGUAAAGAAGUAUAGUUUUUUUUAAGAGUUAUUUAAUUCAAGUAGAUUAAAGAAUGAUAUGGAGUAAAUCUAUCAUGUAAGCUAAAGCAUUUAAGUUAGUUGUGUACAAAAUUAUAAUUGGAAGUUUUUAAGUAAGGCACAAUAAUUUUAAAAGAGGGAGCCAUAUCAAAUGAUAAAAUGUAUUUAAUUAUUGAGGGAAGAGUAUUAAUCUUUAAAUAAUAAUAUUCAAUAAUAAGAUAGUAGAUGAAAGGUUAAUAGACUGUUUCUAAAACUGAAUUACAUUCUGAUAUCUUAUAAAAUUAUAUGUAAAAUUAUGGAUGUUUAAUAAACGAUUUGAAUUCUGGUAAUUAUUUUGGAGAAAAAGCAUUAAUGGAGAAUAAUAGAGAUGCUUAAAGAUCAGCAACUUGUAUUGCUGACAUUGAUACUUAUUUAAUAUCUUUAAAUAGAAAUGAAUUUUUUGAAGUUUUAGGAUCAUUCAAAAAAGAUGCAGAAUUCAAAAGAGAAGUUUUUCAAUCAGUUAUUCCAUAUUUUGAAAGAAUAACAUCAACUUUAAUGAUUGAGAGUUUAAUGUACAGUUUCAAUGAAGAAAUUAAAUUAAGAGAUGAAACAGUCACUUAAGAAGGAGAUUAAGCUAAUACUUUUUACAUUUUAUUUGAAGGAGAAGUGGCUAUAAUGAAAAAACAUCAAAAUCAUUAAAUGUUAUUAUGCAGUUUACAUAAUUAAUAAGUUAUAGGAGAAGAAUCAUUAUUUUAAGAUAAUUAUUUUUAUACAGUAGUUGUUCAUAGUCAAUAAGCUAAAUUUUAUAAAAUUAGUGCUUAAUCAUUCUUAUUAAAAGGGUCAUAAUAAUGUGUAAAGGGAUUGAAGAAUAUGAUGGAAAAGAAAUAGUAAACUAGAACUUUGCUAUUUGAAACAAUAAUCAAAAAAAGUAUAGAACAUAGAGAGACUACAAAAAAAUUAAUAAGGAAUAGAAAUUAAAGUACUUAAGAGGAAGAUUGUAAAAAGUAAUAUUAUGGAAUAACAAAUCGAUAUUAAAGAAAACUAGACACAACGAUUAACAGAGGGAGCAGUAUAUUCUCUAGUAAUUAAACUAAUUAAAGUUUGAAUACACAAAAUAGUUUAAAGCAGGUUACCAAGUGUUUAGAAGAUUAUGCUUUGUUUUAGGUGAAAUUUGAAGAAAAUAAGUAAAAAAGAAAUUGUUUUAAACAAUCAAUAUAAUAUUAAUAACUAUAAUAAAAGUUGGGAAUAAAUCAAAAGACUGAGAGUAGUUCUCCGUCAAAAUAAGAAACAGAACAGUAAAAAGAUUUCUCCUCUAGAACUGACUCAAUCUAUACAAUGAAAAAUAAAAAUUCUUUAAGUUCUAGAACAAAAAGCAGUUUAAUUCAGAACUUUCUCUAAUUUAAUACAGUAGAUGCUAUGAAAAAGAAGUUAACUAAUUAAAAGAAGAACUAUCUAAUUAAGUCAAUGAAACAAAUGAAAGAUUUGUAAUUAAUAAAAAUAAGAUGUUAAACUCUUGAAUAAUGA